AUGCAGGCCAGGGGGUACCCAGCCGCCGGGGAGAUCGGCCCGACUGGCGCCCCCGCCCAAGUGUCUGUUAUCCUCCCGGUCCAUGACGCUGAACCGUGGUUGGACGAAUGCUUGGGGUCGAUUUUGCAGCAAGACUUUGAAGGCUCCAUGGAGCUCUCCAUUUUUAAUGAUGCCAGUAAGGACAAGUCCAUGACUAUCAUCGAAAAAUGGAAAAAGAAGCUGGAAGGUUCCGGCAUCCUCAUGGUCAUUGGAGGGCAUGAUUCUCCUUCUCCCCGAGGAGUCGGAUAUUCUAAAAAUCAAGCAAUAGCACAGAGCUCAGGGUCUUACCUUUGCUUCUUGGAUGCGGACGACGUGAUGAUGCCUCAGAGAGUGAGGCUGCAACACGAAGCCGCUUUGCGACACCCAAAAAGUAUUAUCGGUUGUCAAGUGACUCGGGAGCCCCCCAACUCCACCGAGCGGUACACACGGUGGAUCAACCAGCUGGCGCCUGACCAGCUGCUCACCCAGGUGUUUACCUCCAACGGCCCCACCGUGAUCAUGCCCACCUGGUUCUGCUCCCGAGCCUGGUUCGCCCACGUGGGCCCGUUUGAUGAGGGCGGGCGGGGUGUCCCUGAGGACCUGCUGUUCUUCUACGAGCACCUGAGGAAGGGCGGCGGGGUCGUCCGUGUGGACCAGAGCCUCCUCCUCUACCGCUACCACCCCGGCGCGGCCACACACUCCGUCCUCGAGACCACCAUCUGGGCCCACCGCGUCCGCUUCCUGGAAGAGCGGGCCCUGCCCCACUGGCCAACCUUCACCAUCUGGAACGCGGGCCGGCAGGGCCGCCGGCUGUACCGCAGCCUGACGGCGGGCUCCCGGCGCAAGGUGGCUGCCUUCUGCGACGUGGACGAGAACAAGAUCAGAAAAGGCUUCUACUGCUACGAGGACUCUCAGGAAAGGCCCAAGCCCCGGAUCCCAGUCCUGCACUUCCGAGCCGCACGGCCACCCUUUGUCAUCUGCGUGAAGCUGGACCUCACAGCGGGCGUGUUUGAGGACAACCUGAGGUCGCUGAACCUGCAGGAGGGCCGGGACUUCCUUCACUUCAGCUGA